UGCUUAGUUUUUUCAAGAAAUUUUUAAGGUAAGAGUUUUGGUGGGUGAUUUUGUUUUUUCUUGUGUUGUUUGUUGAUUGAUUUGGAUUCGGAAUUAUGGAAGAGAAGAAGUUUGAGUGUAGGUAUUGUUUGCGAAAGUUUCUUUGUGGUAAGUCUCUUGGUGGUCACAUAAGGACUCAUAUGAUGAGUGAGAAUGAAGAGAGAAGAAUAAUGAAUGCUAAUGCUGCUGCUGCUAACACUGUGUUUAAGUUUGAUGAUGGAAGAAAGAGAAAGAGAUCUGAAUUAGGGUCUAGUAGUGUUGGUGGUGACGAUGGAAACUACAUUUAUGGUCUUAGAGAGAAUCCCAAGAAAACAACUAGGUUUGUGCAUUCCAAUGCUGCUGCUGCUACUACUGUUCAGAAUGAAAGAUUCUGCAAAGAUUGUGGAAAAGGUUUUUUCUCGUUGAAAGCUUUGUGCGGGCACAUGGCUUCUCAUUCUGAGAAAGGUGUCGUGUCUGGUGUCGGUGUAAGGGAUAGUCAGUCGGAUACCGAGGAUUCGGUUCCGACUGAUACCAGGAAGUCAAAGAGAAUGAAGCUCAAGAUUAUUAGUAAUGAGAAUCGGCCGUCUUCGUCUUCGCCUCCGUGGGGAAACUGUUCUUCUUCGAUUUCGGAGGUUGAUCAAGAUCAUGAAGAAGUUGCCAGGACUUUGAUGAUGUUGUCUAGAGAUUAUUCUUUCAAGGGUAGGUUUGCUUUGAGGACAGACUCUUCUGAGAACAACUCUGCUGUUGUUGAGCCCGAAGCGAAAUUGAAAUUGAAAUCGAAAAUGGUUGAUACUAAGGUUGUUGGAACUGGGAUGAUCAAGGUGAAUGGUAUGACGAUGAAGUAUUAUGGAGAAGGUUAUGAUUCUGAUAACUCUGAUUCUGGUUACUUCCUGCACGGUCCUAAAAAGGUAGAAGCUGAUGAUGCUUCAAGCGAGUGGUGUUUAAGGAACCGAUUUCAAGAUCAUGAAUUUGAAUCAAGUAAGAAGAUACAGAUACAAAGCAAUAAGAACAACAUUCGAAACGGUUAUGGUAACGAUGAGAUGUAUUCGGGUUUGAAGAAUGUAAGAGAGAGUUAUUCAGAUGAUUCGGUUUAUGAGAGUGAUGAAAACAGCACUGAUAGUGAUUCAUAUACUGCUCCAAAGGCACAAGCCAACAAGAGCAACAUGAAUGGAGCAAAGAGUGGUAAUUACAAGAAGUCAAGUAGCAAAGGGAAGAAGAAAGUGAAGUCAAAGAAAAACAAAGAACAUGAUUGUCCACUUUGCCCCAGGACUUUCAAGUCAGGACAAGCUUUAGGAGGUCACAAAAGAUCACAUUUUGUUGGUGGAGGGUAUGAUGAGAGCACUCUUGUCAUUAGACCAGGUGCUCAAGCUCUUGCUCCAGCAAGAGCUCUGGCGCCGGUGCGGGCACCGGCGCCAGCUCCUGCGGCUGUUAAUGCUUGCUUGAUUGAUCUUAAUCUACCUGCUCCUGAUGAUGAAUAGGAACUUAAUUUCAUGAUUUUGAGAAAUUUAUUUUGCUGAGGUUAGUUGAACUAUGGAAUUAUAGAAAAGGUUUUGGUUUUUUCAUCCAUGUUAUGAAAGCAUUGACAAUGUACAGACAAAUGGGUAAUUGGUUGGUGUAUUCUUUUUUUUUUUUGGCUUCUGAAGGUUUUUUUAGAUUCAUUAUUUGGUAGGAGUAUAGUUUGUUUCUUCUCAUGUUCUUGUAGCAUGAUGACAAUUUUUAUUAGUUUAUCAAUUGAAUUAUUUUUUCUUUCCUUCUCCUACAUUGUUAUUCUGUGUUACUUAUGUAGCACCGA